CUUUUGCCAGAAAACAUGCGCAACAUGGCCAAGACUGUAACGGACAGUUCGGGCAAGAUCCUUAACGAUGCCCAAGAGAAAUGUUCCGUCAUCUGGGGACAGGACAGAUGGGAUACUGGCGCUGGAGGCAGCACAACCGAGCAGGCCGUCAUGUCGGACUUUGUUGGAUUUCAGCUCGGCCAAUCCCUUGUUGAGGACGUAGAAGUGUGCCGACCCCGCAGUUGCCGGUGGCCUCAGGUUGGUGACCCCGUCGGGCCGGAAAGCUCGUCUCAGCCUCGGACUCGCACAGUCGUACAAUGCCCCACCAAUCACCCAGUCGCAUACCGUCACCUCUCUCUGGCUAGCACGCAUGUGAACUGUUCACCUCUUGUUUUCCGCAGCCCUCUGAGAACCCCUUGUCCCGCAAACCCCGGUUCAAUAUCUGCUUGUAUCCAACACACACCAGCGGCAUCAUCUCACACAUGCAGACUCCUGAGCCGUUCAGGGCUCAACUAG